UUGUGGGCGUGGCUUUAUCCUUCCACUUCCAGUUUUGUAUGAGUGAUGAGUGUGUGAUUCCUUGGCGGUGGUAUUCUCUUCUUCUACUUACUGCUGGGAAAAACAAAUAGUGUGAAAUUAGGAGGGAACAUGGCCACUCAAUCAUACACAAAGAAAGGAAGCAGCUCAUUCCCCAGUGAAGAGACCCCAACAAGUCAGCCCUGGGUACCAGUACCUUAUGCGUCACAUCACCCCCUUUAUGGACAGAUGGCAGCCAAGAGUGGACAUGUCAACUCUCUAACUGCUCAUAAAGUGAAGGAGUUACUCGGUCAACUCAAACUGUCUGCAAGGGGUUGUGAGGAGGUUCUGCGUAAACGACUCAAAAGCCAUUUAAGGAGACAGCUGAUUCAGAGCGAUCCUGCUCCUCCUAGUGAUGUGUUGUCAUUGACAGUACUCAAUCCGUACGGCCUAGACUACCUCCUUGUGUUGGAUUUUGAGGCCACCUGUCUCGAGAAGAACCCUCCGGAUUACAUCCACGAGAUUAUAGAGUUCCCAGUCCUCUUGCUCAACUUGCAAACACUCCAUGUGGAUGCUGAGUUUCAUACUUAUGUCAAACCAGUGCUCAACCCUGUUCUCAGUGACUUCUGUAAGAGACUGACUGGAAUUGGACAGACUCAGGUGGAUAAUGCUCCCACUUUCUCUGAAGUGUUCAGAAAUUUCUCACUGUGGAUGGAAGAGAAGGAACUGGGGUCCAAGCUCAAGUUUGCUGUUUUAACUGACUGCCCAUGGGACAUUAAGGAAUGCCUCUUCCCUCAAUGUGUGUUUGCACGAGUCCCUUUUCCAAGAUACACCACCAAAUGGAUUGAUGUGAGAAAACUGUUUGCAAGUUUCUACCAAAUGAGAAGCGGGAACCUUUCAAAAAUGCUCCACCAUCUUGGGCUCAAGUUUGAAGGAAGAGAACAUUGUGGACUCCACGAUACUAGGAACAUUACCAGAAUUAUUGUACAGCUUAUCACUGAUGGUUGUGUACUCAAGUACAAUAGGUUCAUGCCAGACGAUGUGCUAAAACAGUUUGAUGCAUUUAGACAAAGAUAGUAUACCAAAUUAAUGUGAUUAAUUGUAUGCUGAUCAUUUACAUGCAUGCAUGUAUAAUUUAUUUAUGUUAUUGCUGA